GCCUGACCGGGGCAGGUGUCUUCUAGGUCGCCGAGACAACUUGGAAUGACCCGCAAUUUUUUCCCGAGGGAGCGCCAUAUUCUGACCGAUACUUUAUCUCUUCUGUUCUAUCUUCACUAGUUAUCAGCAGGUAAUCAAACAUCAUUCGAUCGCUGUCGCUGUUACGCUGUUGCUUGCGCCAUUGCUUUUGACAAGCUCGGUUCCUCGGCUGACAUCGUCGCUCGCAGUCGAAUUUUUCGAGUAUUGUUAAAUCCUUUUUUGCUAUUGGGUGCACACCUUCAGAAACAUCGCCAGCUAUCAAACAUCCUGCAAGUCGAUCUUCAACCCCCGCCAAAAUCUUCAAGCGCUGUCCACGAUGUCGGGAACCAUGAGAGGUACACCUAGUCGCGGCGGGAACCGAACCCCUGCCCCGACAUUUGGGCCUGGCAGUCCCGCCAAUUCCAAUAUCCCAAGACCCGUCAACGAAGGUCAUCCUCACCCCGCUCCGAGCGAAGUCGCCUCUGGUGUCAGCGCAAGCAGGCAGAAGCAAAGCAAGCGCGAUGAGGCCAUCAGGCGAAAGCUGGAGAACGACCUCUCCAAGAAGAAGCAUCACAUCACGGGCCGGGCCCGGCACUCGCGCAAAGCCCCUCCUGGAACCGUCCUCGCCCUGAAGCCGAGCCCUGCCCUCCAGAUCAAGCCCGGUACUACUGUCUCCGAAGCCGCGCAGCUAAUGGCCGCCAAGAGGGAGGACUGCGUGUUGGUGACGGACGAGGAUGACCGAAUCGCCGGUAUCUUUACGGCUAAGGACCUCGCUUUCCGAGUCGUCGGUGCCGGCCAUAAGGCUAGCAGUAUCACCAUUGCGGAGAUUAUGACGAAGAACCCUUUAUGCGCGCGCACUGAUACCAGCGCUACCGAGGCCUUGGAUCUCAUGGUUCGCAAGGGGUUUAGACAUCUGCCUGUUAUGGAUGAGAACCAGGACAUCUCUGGUAUUCUCGACAUUACGAAAUGCUUCUACGAUGCCAUGGAAAAGCUGGAACGGGCCUAUGCAUCUUCAACAAAGCUCUAUGCCGCUUUGGAAGGUGUCCAGUCGGAACUAGGAACCAGCCAGCCUCAGCAGAUCAUCCAGUAUGUCGAAGCUCUUCGCUCCAAGAUGUCCGGCCCGACCUUAGAGAGCGUUCUAAAUGGGAUGCCACCCACUACCGUCAGCGUUAGAACGACCGUGAAGGAGGCGGCGAUGAUGAUGAAGGAAAACCACACGACUGCCGUGUUAGUUCAAGACCAAGGUCAGAUUACGGGUAUCUUCACGAGCAAGGAUGUGGUUCUACGAGUCAUCGCCCCCGGUUUGGAUCCGUCGACAUGCAGCGUUGUCCGCGUCAUGACGCCUCAUCCCGACUUUGCGCCCAUGGAUAUGACCAUCCAGGCUGCUUUGCGAAAGAUGCAUGAUGGCCAUUACCUUAACCUCCCGGUUAUGAAUGACCAGGGCGAGAUAGUGGGCAUGGUUGACGUGCUCAAGUUGACUUAUGCGACACUUGAGCAGAUCAAUACUAUGGGAACAUCGGGCGACAAUGAAGGCCCCGCCUGGAACAAAUUCUGGCUCUCGCUCGAUAAUGAGACUGAAUCUAUGGUUUCUGGCGAUGGUAGCCAUCAUCAUGGUACUAUGGCGUCGCGGUCGGUUCUGUCUCCUGAUGUCAACCGUGAGCGUUCGUACGACCCUGUUGCGCCUGGCGAUAGUGCUUCGCACGUAGGCAUGGAGUCGUCGCCGAUCCACUCUGCGGUAGCCCACCAAACCCCUGCGGAUACCCCCUUUGCAUUCAAGUUCAAGGCCCCAAGCGGUCGCGUACACCGAAUACAAGUCAUCGCGAAUGAAGGUAUCGCGCAAUUCGUUGAGCACGUGGCCGCGAAGCUUGGCAGCGAAGUGGAGGCCAUUGGGGGUAUUCCAGAAGUGGAAGAUGGUAACCUGAGUACUGGUGGCUUUGCCCUGAGCUACUUAGACGACGAGGGCGACACGGUUAGCAUUACGACCGACCAAGAUCUCCUCGAGGCAAUCCUGCUAGCUCGCCAUCAUCAUCACGAGAAAGUUGAUCUGUUUGUGUAUGAUCCUGAGAAGCCACCAGUUACGGUUACUGCUCCUCAACCUGAUCCUAUCGCUACACCGGCUCCUAGUUCGGCCCCUUCGGAACUGCGUCGUAGACGUACCGUGGUAGAAGAUGAUGACGAGGACGAGGAUAGUGAAGAGGAAGACUAUGCGACUAUUAGACGUCGUAGGAGGGCCCCCACACACUCGGAGCCCGACCAGGUUAUCGCCGGCGUGCCUAACGAGCUGUUACUACCCGGCGCCAUUGUUACUCUGGCUGUUGUCAUCAUUGGCGUUUUCACCAUUUCGAAAGCUACUAGCCGGUAAGAAGUUGCGUUUUUGUAAGUUGGAGCAUUGUUAUUUGGAGUUUUUUGCGAUUGCAGAAUCGUUGAAGUUCGAGAGGGAAAUUUAGAUUUCUGAAUCCUCAUGAUGCAUAGAUUAAUAACUCAUGCCUCUCUUGAUUACUCUAAGUUAUUUUUAAUAUUUGGGAUAUUGUGAUUGUAAUUCUUUUUUUUAUAUUGUAAUUACUUUUCGUUUAUUUGCGCCUUGUUAAUAGUGCUAUCUCUAUCCUAAUUCCUAAGUUCUAA